CGCUGGUGAUGGGGCACUGGGCUCUGGGAACUGGGAAGGGCACUGGGCACUGGGCAUGGACACUGGGAUGGGCACUGGGCACUGGUUGCUGGUGAUGGGGCACUGGGCUCUGGGAACCGGGAAGGGCGCUGGGCACUGGUCAUGGGGCACCGGGUACUGGGCACUGGGCUCCAGGAUCUGGGAAAGGCACUGGGCAGUGGGCAGUGAGAAGGGCACUGGUCAUGGUCAUGGGGCAGUGGGCACUGGGAAAGACAUGGGGCACUGGGCUCUGGGAACCGGGAAGGGCAGUGGGCACUGGCCAUGGGGCACCAGGCACUGGGAAAAGCACCAGUCACUGGUCACAGGGAACUGGUCGUUGGGUGCUGGGAACUGGGAAGGGCACUGGGCACUGGGCAUGGGGCACCGGGCACUGGGAAGGGCAGUGGUCACAGGGCACUGGGCACUGGGAAGGGCACUGGGCACUGGGCACUGGUCUCUGGGAGGGGCACUGUGCUUGGGGCAGUAGGGACUGGGACCUGCAGGAGGCCACUGGGCAUGGAGCAGUGGGCACUGGGCAGGGCACUGGUCACUGGGUCCAGGGAAUGGCACUGGACACUGAGAAGGGCACCAGGCACUGGUCAUGGACACUGGGAAGGGCACUGGUCGUGGGGCACCAGGCACUGGGAAAGGCACUGGGCACAGGGAACUGUGAAUGGCACUGGGCAGUGGGCACAGGGAACUGGGAAGGGCACUGGCCUCUGGGCACUGGUCCCCACUGCUGGGUGCCCCGGGCCCCCCGGGGGAGCCUGGGAUGGGGGGAGAUGCCCAGGCGCCUGUGUCCCCCACUCAUCCUUCCACUUGGUCUCCAGUGGGGCUGCUGGGACCCCGCAGCACAGGGCCCUUCCCGGUGCGGCUGGCUGGGGGCCCCGGGCGCUGUGCCGGGCGAGUGGAGGUGCAGCACGACGGGCGCUGGGGCACUGUCUGCGACGACGAUUGGGGGCUGCCAGACGCGGCGGUGGUCUGCAGGCAGCUGGGCUGCGGGGCCGCCCUGGCUGCCCCCCCAGGAGCCUGGUUUGGAGAGGGCUUGGGUCCCAUCUGGCUCAACGGGUUGCGGUGCCGGGGCACCGAGGAGCGCCUGGUCCUAUGCCGGCACCGGGGUUGGCGUCCCCACGUCUGCGCCCACGAAGAGGAUGCCAGCGCCGUCUGCUCAGCUCACCGCUUCCAGCCCCUCGGCACCACCGAGCCCCCCUGGAUGCCCACCCCGCCGCCCACCCUCACCCCGCCACCCCUUACAGCCUGUGCGGGCGCAGCAUGCGCAGGGGCUCCCACCAUGCGGCUAGUGGGGGCCGCGGGGCGCUGCGCCGGCCGGCUGGAGAUCUUCCACGACGGGCACUGGGGCACCGUCUGCGAUGACCUGUGGGGGCUGCCGGACGCGGCGGUGGUCUGCCGGCAGCUGGGCUGCGGUGCCGCCCUUGACGCACCCCGGGCAGCUUUUUUCGGCGAGGGCACUGGGCCCAUCUGGCUGGACGACGUGCGGUGUCAGGGGAACGAGUCGUCUCUGCUGGGGUGCCCGGCUUCCCCCUGGGGCCUCACCAACUGCCAGCACCGGGAGGAUGCGGCUGUUGUCUGCGCAGAUGAGCUGGCCACCCUGGAUGUCCGCCCUGCAGAGCCCACUCGCCACCAGCCGACGACGAAGCCAUCCCGGGUGCUCCCCUCCGCCCAGCCCCACAUUCCUGGCUCUCCCCGGAGCACCGCAGCCAUCCCACCCGCCGCACGGACAGCCCGCAAGGGGCAAGGGGACCUGCUGUCACCAACGGGGACAUCUCCACCGGCCAGCAGCACCCAGCACCCUGCAGGACAGGGUCCGGCCAACACCACCCCUGGCACCCAGCGCCCCACGGAAUGGGAUGCAACUGGUGUCACCCCCAGCACCCAGCAGCCUGCAGGAUGGGAUUCAACUGGUGCCACCCCCGGCACGCAGCGCCCCACAGGACAAAGUCGAAUCGGUGUCACGCAAGCCAAAGCGGUACGAGAUCCCAUUCGUAUCAUCAGGAUCACCCGACUCAAGGCAGAACAGGACCCAGCUGGCAUCAUCCAGAGCACCAAGCCCAAGGCAGGACGGGAUCCAGCUGGUGCCACCAGGUCUAAAGUGGGACGGGAUCCAGCUGGUGCCACCAGGUCCAAGGCAGGACGGGAUCCAGCUGGCACCAACAGGUCCAAGGCAGGAUGGAAUCCAGCUGGCACCAACAGGUCCAAGGCAGGACGGGAUCCAGCCAGUAUCAACAGGUCCAAGGCAGGAUGGCAUCCUGCUGGCACCAACAGGUCCAAGGCAGGAUGGGAUUCAGCUGGCACCAACAGGUCCAAGGCAGGACGGGAUCCAGUCAGUACCAACAGGUCCAAGGCAGGACGGGAUCCAGUCGGUACCAUCCGUGUCAUCCGGCCCAAAGCAGGGCGGGAUCCAACCAGUACCAUACAGAUCACCCAACCCAAAGCUGGGCAGAUUCUGGCAGGUGCCAACCGGACCACCAGGAAACCACCAGGGCGGGGUUUGGUUGGGACUAUGCAAGGUACCAAGCUCAAAGCAGGGUGGGAUCUACUUGGUGCCACUCAACCACCAACAGGGCAGGAUGUGGCAGUUGACAUCCAGCCCACCCAGCCCCUACCAGGAAAGCAUCCUGUUGAUGCCACUCAAGCCAAAGUGGGGCAGCAUCUGGUUAGAACUACACAAGGGACCAGGCCCAAAGCAAGGCAGGAGUUGGCCCCCACCAUGGUGGUCCCAAUAGGGGAUACCAUGUGGAGUAACCAGAACGUGACAGAACCAGGUCCUGAAGGUACCAUGAAGAGCACACGUCCUCCAGCAGAACUGGAUGUAGAUGGUACCAAAUGGGCAACACGUUCUUCAACAGAUUUUGGUCUAGAUGAUACCCUGAGGAGCACACGUCCUGCAGCAGAACCAGGUCCUGAAGGUACCAUGCAGAGAACACAUCCUACAGCAGAAGAACCAGGUCCUGAAGGGACCAUGAGUACUACACAUCCUGCAGCAGAACUGGGUCCAGAAGGUACCAUGAUGAGCACAGGUCCUCCAGUGGAACUGUUUCCAGGUGGUACCAUGUGGAGCACACGUUCUCCAGUGGAACUGGAUUCAGAUGGUACCACAUGGGGCACAUAUCCUGCAGCCGAAUCAGGUCCAGAAAGUGCCAUGAUGAGCACACAUCCUCCAGCAGAACCAGGUCCAGAAGGUACCACGAGAAGCACACAUCCUCCAGUGGAACUGGUUCCGGGUGGUACCAUGAGAAGCACACGCCCUCCAGUGGAACUGGUUCCAGAUGGUACCACAUGGAGCACAUAUCCUGCAGCAGAACCAGGUCCAGAAGGUACCACGAGAAGCACACAUCCUCCAGUGGAACUGGUUCCAGAUGGUACCACACGGAGCACACAUCCUGCAGCAGAACCGGGUCCAGAAGGUACCACACGGAGCACACAUCCUCCAGUGGAACUGGUUCCAGAUGGUACCACACGGAGCACACAUCCUGCAGCAGAACUGGGUCCAGAAGGUACCAUGAGAAGCACACGUCCUCCAGUGGAACUGGUUCCAGGUGGUACCAUGUGGAGCACACGUUCUCCAGUGGAACUGGAUUCAGAUGGUACCACAAGGGGCACAGAUCCCGCAGCAGAACUGGGUCCAGAAGGUACCACAAGAAGCACACAUCCUCCAGUGGAACUGGUUCCGGGUGGUACCAUGUGGAGCACACGUUCUCCAGUGGAACUGGAUUCAGAUGGUACCACAUGGGGCACAUAUCCUGCAGCAGAAUCGGGUCCAGAAAGUAGCAUGAGGAGCACACAUCCUCCAGCAGAACCAGGUCCAGAAGGUACCAUGAGAAGCACACGUCCUCCAGUGGAACUGGUUCCAGAUGGUACCACAUGGAGCACACAUCCUCCAGCAGAACCAGGUCCAGAAGGUACCAUGAGAAGCACACGUCCUCCAGUGGAACUGGUUCCAGGUGGUACCACAUGGAGCACACAUCCUCCAGCAGAAUCAGGUCCUGAAGAUACCAUGAUGAGCGCACGUCCUCCAGCAGAACUAGGUCCAGAAGGUAGCAUGCAAAGCACACGUCCUGCAGAAGAACUAGAUCCUGAAGGUACUAUGAGGAGCACUCGUCCUCCAGCAGAUCUGGGUCCGGGUGGCACAAUGGAGAGAGCACAUUCUUCAGCAGAAAGGGGUCUGGAUGAUACCAUGUGGAGUGCACAUCCCACAGCAGAACCUGGUCCCAGUGGUGCCACACCAUAUGCACAUCCUUCAGGAGAACUGGAUGCAGAUGGUACCACACAGAGCACAGGUUCUUUAGCAGAUUUCAGUCUAGAUGAUACCCUGAGGAGCACACACCCUGCAGCAGCACCAGAUCCAGAAGGUACCAUGAUGAGCACGCAUCCUGCAUCAGAAUCGGGUCCAGAUGGUACCAUGAGGAGCAUACAUUCUCCAGCAGAACUGAGUCCAGAUGCUAUCACAUGGAGCAUACAUCCAGGAGCCAAACAUGGUCCAGAAGCUACCACGAGGAGCACACGUCCUCCAGCAAAUCUGGAUCCAGAUGGUAGUGCAGACCUGGACCCAAGCCCCUCUGGGGUUUCUGCUCCCCCCACAGAGCCCCCAUCACCCCCUCCAUCACAGAACCCCACCCUGAUGUCAGCAGCCCCUCCUGCCCUUGCAGUACAACUGGAUACAGGCUCCAGCAUCCCCUCCGAGAGCCCCCCAGAGCCCUCCAGCACCCAGAGCCCCCCAGUACCCACCCAGCUCCCCAAGGACACCCCUAGUGCACAGCCCCCCCCAGCACCCCCCCAGCACCCCAUGGAAAUCGCCAGCCCCCACAUAGCCCCAGCACUCCUUCAGCAUCCCAUGGAGACCCUCAGCAGCCAGACACCCCCAGUACCCUCCCAGCACCCCACAGAGACCCUCAGCACCAAGCCCCCCCCAGUACCCUCCCAGCACCCCACAGAGACCCUCAACACUCAGACCCCCCCAGUAUCCUCCCAGCACCCCAUGGAGCCCUUUGGCACCCAGAUCCUCCCAGUACCCUCCCAGCAUCCCACAGAGACCCCCAGCACCCAGACCCCCCCAGAACCCUCCCAGCACCCCACGGAACCCCUCAGCACCCAGACCCCCCCAGCACUCCCCCAGCACCCCACAGAGACCCUCAACACUCAGACACCCCCAGCAUCCCAGGAGCACCCCAUGGAGCCCUUUGGCACGCAGACCCCCCCAGCACCCUCCCAGCACCCCACGGAGCUGCUCAACACCCAGACCCCCCCAUCACCCUCCCAGCCCACUCCGGAGCCGCUCAGCACCCAUCCGUCCCGCACCCCAGCAGACCCCAUGCUCCCAAGGGCACCAUGCACAGGUCCGGCUCCCCCAGCAGCGCCGCUGCCAGCCCACCCUGCAGCUGGAGGGCACUGGGGAGGGGAGUCCGGCAGCUGCCCCCCAUGUCCGGCCCCCCAGCUGCAGGCCCUGCUGCAGGAGGUGCAGGGGCUGCGGGGGGACCUACGGGCGCUCACCUUGACCCUCCAGCAUCUCCUGAGGGGCUUUUCAGGCUCCCCCCGUGCCACAGGCUCUCAGCCAUAAUGGGGUCUUGACACACUCCCCCCAGGCUGGGUGGCUCGGGGGACGCUGCUGUGACCUCCAGAUGGAAUAAAAUGGGGCUGGACCCACCCCUCCUCGCUCCUGAUCCUGGAGCCUAUUGAGGUUGUGGGCUGGUGGGAUGGGGAGCAUCGUUUUGGGGGAGACAUAGGGGGAUCAGCCCCAUCUUGGGUGCACCCUUGGCCGGGGGGGGGUGACCUGGGGAGCGCAGGCAGCAGGGCCCCUUCUUUUGGGCGGAGGGGAGGCCUGAUCCUGCUUCCCAUCACACGCCCCCAUCUCUGCUGGCCCCAUGGCGCCGG